UUUGUUUGUUUCUUGGCCAGUUGUUCUUGGUUGGAGUGUUGAAGAUCUCCAUGGCAGACAUGUUGGGCACUAAUUAAGUCAGUGGCAUUUGAGAAAGGAGUGUUGCCUCAGGGCUACAUGGGUAAUUUAGGCGAGCAGCUAAAAUUGGUUGGGCUUUGCUUUGCACUCGAAUGCUUUUCAACAGGAAGCGGAUCGUCAUCGUCCCAUCAACAUCGAUCUUGAUCCCAGCUCACCUCCUUAUUGAUUGAAGCCCACGAACUCGAAGAAGAAGAAAUGGCGUUGCUUAGCUACUAAUAAUUAGCAUGUUGAGCUGCAAAGAGAACACGGUUUCCAUUCUCCUGCCACACAAAUAAUACUUCCUGUGCAGUGUGGAAGAGAGAAGAAGAAUAUAAAAAGGAAACAAAGAGGCGAACGACUACUUUCAGACUUUCAGGAGCCUUUAUUUCGAAAAAGGAAAGAUCUUUAAGAGUAGUAGAUAGCACAGUUGAACAGGGAAGGCGAGGGGAGGAAGUGGGAGGAGGAGAGUAGGAAAAAAAAAGGGAUGGAUUUUAGCUCAUUCGUGACGUCCCUGGGGACGUCGUUCAUAAUCUUCGUGGUGUUGAUGCUGGCCUUCACCUGGUUGCAGAGGAACCCCGGCAACGCCGUCAUCUACUAUCCCAACCGCAUCCUCCGGGGCUUGGACCCCCUGGAAGGGCGGAUCGGCACUAGGAAUCCCUUGGCGUGGAUCAGGGAGGCCGUGAGAGCCUCCGAGGCCGACGUCAUCGCCGCCGCCGGCGUCGACGCCGCCGUCUACCUCGUGUUCGUCGGCUCCGUCUUAGCGAUACUGGUUCUCUCUGGAAUUGUUCUGCUGCCAAUUCUUCUUCCAGUGGCUUCAACUGAACCUGCACCAUUUUCCACGGAUAGCAAUAGUGAGGGAAGCUUCAAGAACCUUGACAAAUUGACCAUGGGGCAUGUCAAUAAGAGAAGUCCUAGGUUAUGGGCAUUUUUACUUGGGAUAUAUUGGGUUUCUUUUGCAACGUACUAUGUGCUAUGGAAAGCAUAUGAACAUGUCACUGAUCUAAGAGCUGGAGCGAAAAUAAGUCCAGAAGUAAGGCCCGAAGAGUUUGCGGUAUUGGUGAGAGACAUACCAGCAGCUGCGGCAGGUCAAUCUAUGAAGGAUCAUGUGGAAUCAUACUUUAGAUCACUUCACCCGGAAACAUUUUACAAGUCCAUGGUUGUCACGGAUAACAAAGAGGCUGAUAAAAUUUGGGCAGAGAUCGAUGGUUACAAAAAGAAACUUGCUCGAGCAGAAGCAGUGUAUGCAAAGUCGAAAACUACAGGCAAUCCUGAGGGUAUGAGACCAACAAACAGAAUAGGCUUUCUCGGUCUCACUGGCGAAAAAGUCGACACCAUUGAACACUGCAAUGAGAAAAUAAAGGAAUUGGUACCAAAAUUAGAGGCUGAACAAAGUACCACCCUGAGAGAGAAACAAAAACAGGCAGCCAUAGUUUUCUUCAAUAGCAAGCCUGCUGCUGCCUCUGCUGCCCAGACAAUUCAUUCUCAGAAAAUUGAUAGAUGGACGGUAAUAGAAGCUCCCGAGCCACGGCAGUUAAUAUGGACAAACUUGCCGAAGAAGUUCUAUGAGAGACGGAUAAGAUCUCUAGGUGUUUACGGGAUAGUCUUCCUUACUGUUUGCUUCUACAUGAUCCCCAUUGCAUUCGUCUCUGGUUUUACAACUGUGCAAAAUUUGAAGAAGUACCUGCCCUUUACAAAGAAGAUUGUGGAUCAACCAGAGAUUAGAACUGUCUUGGAAGCUUACCUGCCUCAGAUUGCACUCAUUGUAUUCAUGGCUUUACUACCGUCUUUUCUUAUGUUUCUGUCAAAGGCAGAAGGGAUACCCUCCGAGAGUCAUGUAGUGCGAGCUACCUCUGGGAAGUACUUCUACUUCAUAGUUUUCAAUGUCUUCCUUGGAGUAACAAUUGGCGGCGCAUUGAUUGAUUCACUAAAGACUCUUGUUAAUCACCCUGGAGAUAUUACCAGCCUGCUCGGAGAGAGUCUGCCUAAAAGUGCUACUUUCUUCCUCACCUACGUCGCUCUCAAAUUCUUUGUUGGCUAUGGACUUGAACUAUCGCGUGUUGUUCCUCUCAUCAUCUUCCAUCUGAAAAAGAGAUAUCUUUGCAAAACGGAAGCUGAGGUUAAAGAGGCUUGGGCACCUUGCGACUUCGGCUAUGCGACUAGGAUUCCUAAUGACAUGCUUAUCGUCACUAUUGUUCUUUGUUACUCAGUAAUAGCACCUAUAAUCAUUCCUUUCGGAGUGGUUUACUUUGGCCUUGGUUGGCUGAUUGCUCGGAAUCAGGCUCUCAAAGUUUAUGUCCCAAGUUACGAGAGCUACGGCCAGAUGUGGCCUCACAUGUAUUUACGGAUUAUCGCAUCUCUCAUCGUCUAUCAAGUCACCAUGUUCGGUUACAUUGGCUUGUUGAGGGAAUUCUUCUAUGCUCCCUUACUAAUUCCUAUCAUUGUGGCCUCUUUCAUCUUCGCCUAUGUGUGCCAAAAGCACUUCUACCUCGCCUUCUUCCACAAUCCACUAGAGGUUGCAUCCCAGGGUAAGAAGGAGAUCCCAAACAUGGAAGCGAUAUACACAGCUUUCAUUCCACAAUGCUUGACGAACGACAAGUUUGAGGGCGGCGACCAAUUUGAAGAUGCUCGCUCACAGUCACUGAGAACGACGUCGUUUUGAAGAGUCGGAGAAAUCUUGCCUUAAAGAAGAGAAUAGAAGUUACCUUCCAAAACACAUGGCCUUCGUGUACAUGUCAUUGCAUUGUGUUUUCUGUGUUUAGGCUUCUGUUUAUAAAAGUUGUUCCAUUUGGUGUUCGAUGUAGUAGUGAGUGAAGGUCUUUUUCUUGUUCUCUUGGGUUGAGUUUCUAGAGCUUGUCUUAGAAGUAUGUUAGAAUCUAUAUACAAUCUGUUGUGUGGAUGCCACAUACUUUCAAGGACUUUGCAACUAUUCCUUGAUCAUGGGGCUUGCUAAUUGGUUUCUGAUACCAAAAUUCUUCACGAAAUUGUUAUCGAAA